UCAUUUAAUCCACACAGGUCUAACCUAUAUUACACCAAACUCCCCUAUUUAAAGCCCAUCCCCCUAUCCAUGCUUUUAUCAAUUGAAGGAAAAUAUAAAAAAACUUGUUCGCUCUCUCUCUCAUACACAGUAUUUCACUGCAGCAGAUCCAAAUUGAUCGAAAGCCCGAAAACCCCUCUCUCUGGAUCACUUAUCUUCUCUCCCAACACCAUAAAUAUAGAGAAAAAAAAAAAAAAAAUUACACCCUUUAGCAGGGGAUCGAAAAUGGUUGUCAUCAACGGCAAUGGUGGUGGUGGUGGUGGUGGUGGUGGUACAGGAUGGUUUCGAUUUGCAGUACAUGUGGUUAAAGGCCGAUGGUUCAGUGUCUUUGCCUCUUUGCUUAUAAUGGCCGGAGCUGGUGCUACUUAUCUCUUCGGAGUCUAUUCCAAGAAAAUCAAAUCCUCUCUCGGAUACGACCAAUCCACUCUCAAUCUCUUAGGCUUCUUCAAAGACUUCGGAGCCAACGUAGGAGUUCUCUCCGGCCUAAUCGAUGAGGUAACUCCCACUUGGUUCGUCCUUCUGGUUGGCUCGGCGAUGAACUUCACUGGUUAUUUCAUGAUUUGGCUAGCCGUCACGGGAAAAAUUGCCAAGCCUAAAGUCUGGCACAUGUGCCUCUACAUUUGUAUCGGAGCCAAUUCUCAGAAUUUCGCAAAUACCGGAGCUCUGGUCACCUGCGUCAAGAAUUUCCCAGAAAGCAGAGGAGUUGUUCUGGGUAUUUUGAAAGGUUUCUCUGGGCUUAGUGGUGCGGUCAUGACCCAGCUCUAUUUGGCAAUUUACGGCAACGAUGCCACCAAUCUUAUUCUUCUGAUCGCUUGGCUUCCGGCUGCAUUGUCUGUGAUAUUUGUUUACACGAUUAGGACUAUGAAGGUCGUUCGGCAAAACAAUGAGCUCCGAGUCUUUUACCAUUUCCUCUACGUUUCCAUUGUCCUUGCUCUGUUUCUUAUGGUUAUCAAUAUAGUUGAAAAACAGAUUGCUUUCUCUCACGAAGCUUAUGCCGCUAGUGCUACGGUUGUUUGCGUUUUGAUCUUCCUUCCUCUUGGUAUCGCCAUUAGAGAAGAGAUGGUGAUAUGGAAUCUAAUACAACAGCCUCCGACUGAGCUGAAAAUUGAAAAGCCACAAGCAAUAAUUUCAUCACAACUUGAAGAAUCGAAAACCGAGGAAUCGAAAACAGAGAAAACAGAGGGAGCAGAGGAGAAGAAAAGCACAGCUUGUUUCGAGAACAUAUGCGAUAAACCAGAAAGAGGCGAAGACUACACCAUUUUGCAAGCACUCACGAGCUUGGACAUGGGGAUUCUAUUCAUCGCGACGUUCUGUGGGCUCGGAUCGAGCUUGACCGCCGUGGACAAUUUGGGGCAGAUCGGCGAGUCACUCGGAUACCCAGCUCACACCGUGAGCUCAUUUGUAUCCCUUGUGAGUAUAUGGAACUAUUUCGGGAGGGUUUUUUCUGGGUUUGUCUCUGAAACGCUUCUUGAUAGAUAUAAAGUUCCACGCCCAUUGAUAAUGACCUUCGUUCUUCUUCUAUCCUGUAUUGGUUACCUACUCAUUGCUUUUCCAACACCUGGUUCGCUCUAUGUUGCUUCUGUGAUUAUUGGGUUCUCUUUUGGUGCCCAAUUGCCAUUGCUUUUCGCAAUCAUUUCUGAGCUGUUUGGGCUCAAACACUAUUCCACAUUGUUCAAUUGCGGACAGAUAGCUAGUCCUCUUGGUUCAUACAUAAUGAAUGUGAGGGUCACUGGUAAGCUUUAUGAUCAUCAAGCUUUGAAGGAGUUGGCCAAGAAAGGUAUGGAUAGGUCAUCUGUGAAAGAGUUGAUAUGCAUUGGGGUUCAAUGUUAUAGACUGCCUUUUAUCAUCUUAGCUUGUCUUAGUUUAUUUGGUUCUCUGGUUUCUUUGAUUCUUGUUGUGAGGACAAGGAAAUUUUACAAAAGUGAUAUAUAUAAGAAGUUUAGAGAAAAUGCAGACCAGAUUGAACCAGACUUGGGUCUUUCAAAUCAAGCUACACAGAAGAGAUCUCCAUGAGGUAGAGAUUAAUUGGGGGAUUUUUAGAGGAAGCUAUCUGACAAGAGUAAAUUUGUGGUCGACAAUAGGUCCUGCUUACAGAAUGUUCCAAGUGUUUGAAGUUUGGUUGCACAGAACAUUAUGCGGCUUUGCUUCCCAUCAUCAAAAAAGGCAAAUUGUAUUCUCCCAAAAGAAAAGGCCAAAAGAAAGGUUUUUCUUUUCUUUUUUUUCUUUGGCUUUUGGAUUUAACAUUGUAUCUAUCUUUUAUGAUUCUUUUGGUGUAUGAGUCAUACUGAUUGAAAUGAUAAAAAGUGGGAUUAUCUAAUACCAAUAUUUAUCGUCUUCCUAAGAAAAGACAGGACAUUUGGGUUGGGCUGAUGCGUAAUAUUUCAUUCUAUUUUAUUCUUCGUUUUUCA